AUGACAGUUCUUCCGUGUGCCCAGUGUCAUGAAUCUGAUGGUUGUCGUGUGGCAACCUCUCUUCGCCUUAAUCUCCAAACCGAAGAUCCUCAAGAAAAUACUAUGAAGGAGCUUCAAUGUUACAUAGCGGAAGUUAAACAGUUUGGUUUUAAUCAUAGUAUUAUUAUCGGAAAACGUUAUUGUGGAAUGCUUUUUGUGGAUUGUUUUGCCUGUGUGUUUGAUUGGGAUUCAGAUAGUCAUGCAUUAUGGUUUCUCGGGGAUUAUUUCGAAAUUAUAUCAAAGGAGGAAUCUGAAAAAAUUAUGAUUAUCGGACAGCAUGGGACGUUUUAG